AUGCCUUCAAAGACGGCCUCCAAGGCAGCGGAUACUGCAAGCCGAGGAAAUACCGGAAAUUUCGUCGAUGAUUACCUUGCCGAUUGGGAUGACGACCCGUUCAGGUCUGUCAGUCCUGAGCCGGCUAAGAAUGACAAGGACGGGGAGAAAAAGAAGGAUAUUCUAGGCAUUGACAAGGAGCUCGACCUCAAAAAGAAACCUAGGGCUCCAAGAGUAAAGCUGGAUGAGACUAGACUACUUUCAGACAAGGGGAUCCCAAAACUGAGAAAGAUGGCGCCGAGGCUCAAGUUGAAGGGGAAGGGACAUGAGUUUUCCGACGCCGCCCGAUUGCUCUCUUUUUACCAAGAAUGGCUGGACGACCUCUUUCCCAAGGCCACCUUCCUUGAUGCCCUCGCAAUGGUGGAGAAGACAGGCCACAAGACAACCAUGCGCAGUGCCCGACAGAAAUGGAUCGACGAGCUUAAGCCCAGGGCAGCUAUUGAGGAGGACGAAGAAGACAACCGAAUUCACCGGGGAGCGGUUGGCCCGCAGCAGCCGCCUAAAGUUGCGUCAAUAUUCGAGACGACGGCAAAGGCUGCUGGUGAACGGGCGAAAACACCUACCACGGAUGAUCUUUUUGGAGACGAUCUUUACAAUGCUACUCCAGUGCGGAACACUGGGAGCACUGCACCGCCCCAGCAGGCGGGAGGCGAUGUUCCAGACGACGACGACUUGGAUGCGUUGAUGGCGGAAGCGGAGGCGGAGGCAAGGGCUCAAACGCAACGGCCCGGACCCGCCCCGUCCUCUGGGAGCAUAUUCGGCAACGGAGCGAGAGCUGUGGCCCCGACGACAACCGCGGGGCCUGACGACGAUGAUUUGGACGCGUUAAUGGCCGAGGCCGAGGCGCAGUCGCUCCCAACCCGGGCGGCUCAACCAGUCGUGAACGGGAGCAUUUUUGGCAAUGGGGCCAAGAAACAAACGACACAAGUAACUGGCGACGAAGACGACGACCUGGAUGCGCUAAUGGCGGAGGCGGAGGCGGAGGCGGAAGCAGGGGUACAGAAAACAGCUCAACCCGUCGACCCCAAGGAGGUCGGCAGUGGCAAUGCGCGGGCCGCAGAGAAGACUUCGAAUCUUGACAACGAUGACGACGACCUUGAUGCACUCAUGGCGGAGGCAGAAGCCGAGGCAGGGGUUGGCGCGGCGGGAGGAUCAUCCGGGGAUAAGAAGACUUCGGCUCAAACCGAAACCGGUCACCGAACAGACAACUUUGAUGACGACGAGAAGGCAAUGGACGAGAUGGAUGGUCUAUGGUGA